AUGAUCAGACCACAUAACAAAUGGGACGAUUUUAUCAUUCCGGGUCUGAGUGAGGUAAUACAGGGAGAAAUUAAUGUGCCAUUUAUGAAUGUCAGUGACCAGCGUAUCGUACUAAACAGCGAGUCGAUAUGCGACCUUGAACCUUGUGAAAUAGCAGAUGCUUCCUACACUCUUGCGACCUUGGGUAGCACGUUUCAAGGUCGCAGUGAGGAACGUCUAAGUAGACUCCUCCGGACAGCUGGUGGGUCUACCCCUGUUACUUAUCAGAAUAUUGUCAAAGAAAUCGUAGAAGGUUAUCAAGAUGUAAUCGCGAUUGGCGACGAAACCCCAGGCAGAGUAAAUAGUUUUCCUUUUGUUAUAGAAACCAGGGGUCAUCCACCCAUAAGAUCUAAGCCUUAUAGAAUACCAGUUUGUUAUCAGCGGGAAGUGGAGAGCGAGAUUAAUAAAUUAAGGGAACAAGGGACAAUUAGAGAAAGUGAAUCCCCCUGGGCCUCGCCAAUCGUGAUGGUUAAAAAGAAGGAUGGUUCUCUUAGGCUAUGUGUUGAUUAUAGAAAGUUGAAUAGUAUCACAAAAGACAAUGCAUUUCCAUUGUCCUCUAUCGAAGAGUUGUUGAUUAAGGUCAGGGAAAGUAAAUUCUUCACCACCUUAGAUUUAAAGUCAGGGUAUCAUCAAAUACCUAUAGACGAGAGUAGCAAGGAAAAGACAGCCUUUAUAGCAAAUGAUCAAUUGAAAUAUGCAGUUUUAGUGAAAACGUCCGGUGAUACUAAAUGGCAUGUUUGUGUUAACAAAGAUUGUACCAAAGAAUUCAAAAAGCCUUCAGAUCUUGUACGUCAUAUCAGAACCCACACCAAUGACAAGCCCUUUAAGUGUACAAAAUGCUUUCGAGCUUUUGCCUUGAAGAAUACUCUAAUGUCACAUAUGAAGACACACAUUCCUGAAAAAGAACACACAUGUACUGAGUGUAACAAGAAAUUCUCUAAUGGCACAUCGCUGAAAGUACAUUCCUGGGUGCAUACUGGUCAGAAACCUUACGCCUGUCCUCAGUGCCCAAAAACCUUCCGUACAGCAUCCCACCGGAAGGCGCAUAUGCUCACUCACAUGAAUUCUCCUCAUCGCCAGGCUCAGCUCAGAAGAUCAAUACCUUUACCUGACAUUCCAUUGCAAGAACCAAUUUUAAUUACAAAUCAAGGUCCAGUGAAGCAGAUAUCGCGACACAGUCAAAUAUAUCCAAAUGAAAUGGGUGAAAUUCCUGCUGGGAGGCCCCACAAAUGUCGUUUUUGUCCAGCUGCUUUUAAGAAGUCCUCACAUCUUAAACAGCAUGAAAGGACACAUACUGGAGAAAGACCAUAUAAAUGUGAGAGAUGUAACAAACAUUUCAUGUCUCACAGUGUCCUCAAGACUCACCUAAAAACACACAGUGGACAAAAGGGUUAUCGUUGUACAAAGUGCAACAACCAUUUUGCAACAAGUGGUAGUCUCAAGAGACAUUCUACAACCCACACAGUGGAUCGACCCUAUAUGUGUCCUUACUGCCAGAAAACUUUCAAAACUAAUACUAACUGCAAGAAACACAUGAAGACACACAAGCAUGAACUUGCCAUGGAAGCUGUGAGGGCAGCUGGUUCCAGCUUGCAGGGUGAUAAUCAACAGGCACUUCUCACUGCUAGUCUGUAUAGUCAACAGGCUGUUACUCCAAGCUUAUCAGAUGCAGAUGUCAUUGAUUCUGAUUUGGCAAAUAUGACUAAUGUCUUCCAAGAGGGUGAUUUUCCUCUGACAGAUGAUUCUCUUCAAACUCAAACUCACCACCAGCAACAGCAAGCACAGCAGGAGGAUAUUACAACUGGAGAGGUUCUCCCUACUUUCACACAAAGUGUCAACUCAAGUACUCUCACAUUGGCUGAUUUACCAGCAGAACACAAUCUUGGGGCAAGAGGAGAUGUUAUUUUGACUGCACAACCUGGCAGUAUAGCCUCACAUUUAGGGGGAUCAACCAUACUUAUUCCAAACUCUUCUAGAAUUCCAAGUUCUACAGGUUCUUCCAUACUGAUCCCACCUUCCUCAAAUGGUGCAUCUCUCCUUGAUGGUAGCAGUUCCUCUGUACUUCUCCCUUCAUCAGGGCAGCUGCCUCAUUUAUCUACCUCCAGUCACUCAUCUCUUUCAUCAGCAGGAACAGCUAUCUUAACCAUUCCACAGACCUCUACCAGUGGUGUCCUGAGCAUUCACCAACCAUCAGUUAUACAAGGUCCUGCUCGUGAAGAAUCUGCUCAUGUGACCUCUGUUAUACAAGCUCAGCCCAGUGUUCUGAAUCAUUCAGAAAUGUCCCGAUAUGGUUCUAUAGGAUCUCGUCAAGUAGUUUUGGAUAGUGGACAAGGAUUCUCUACUUCCCUUGAAGAAUCUGGGGGAUUAGAUAUGGUUACUAUACCAACGUCAAUGAUAUCCUCUACUGGAAACUCCCAGAAUACUUACACCAUUCAUGAUAUACAGGCUAAUAUUCAUGCUGAAAGCAACAGGGAUGGAGGAGUAAUAACCAAUUCAUCACCUCAUAUUACAACAGUUGCAGAAACUGUCAGUGUGAAGCAUGAAGCUUCCAGUAAUUUUGCAAGUACCUUAGUUGAUAGUGAUGAAGAGAGUCGGGUAGUUACAGCUCAGCCAGCAUCUGUUUCUGAUUCAAAUGAAGCAACUUCUACAACUCUUCUUCAGGCCAACUUUGACCAGCAAGGUUUUUCUGAAGGACUUACUUUACAUGUCACACAUGGUCUAGACUUAACAGGUUUGGGCAAUGGAGGAGAAAUUCCUUCAGCUCAAUUGGUCCAACUGUUAAGCAGCACUGCCCAAGAAUCUGUACAGGAUAAUUCUAGUCCAAAAGCUGUUUCAGUUCUUUCUUCUGAAGGUCAACAAGAUUGUGACCCAGAGCCUCCAGAGCCUGUUGUAUCAGUUUCAGAAGUUUAUGAGUGCCAGGACUGCAAAAGAACAUUCACUAAGCUGUCCAGUUUCCGAACUCACAGACGCACUCAUACUCAAAGUAAAAGUCACAGCUGCAGUAUUUGCAACAAAAGCUUCAAUUCACAGCAGUCUCUGAAGGUCCACAUGAAGCAGCAUAAUCGUCCAUCUGUGGAAGUUUUGCAUUGUGGAAGCUGUCCAGAAAAAUUCACCAGUUUUGGUCAGCUUAUGAAACACAUGCAGUUAGGACAUUCCAGUAUUUGGAAGUGUCCUAUAUGCGAACAAAUAUUUGAAACUUCAGUAACAUUCCGAAAGCACCUGCAGACUCAUGGUAUUGAGGCCAUCAAUUUUGCUUUCUCUAAGAGCAAGAUCACUGACACUACUGUUGAUGGGAAGGCCAAAGUUACUUUAACUUUAGAAGACAUGGAUGCUGUGUUACAGCAUGUAACUGAAACCAGUCUGAGCAAUGAAGAAAGCCAGAAAGAAGAGUCACAAAAUUAUAUUCCAACUAGAAAAUCACGAAACCUUCUAGAAGAAGAGAAGCCUCAGGUUACUUACAUAAAGGGAGGUAAUCGUGAAGAGCCUGACACACAGAAACAUGCUCACCAGUGUCAAACGUGCAGUAAAAGCUUUAAAAAAGCAUCAGAUUUGAUUAGACAUAUUAGAACACAUACAGGAGAAAGACCUUUUUCUUGUGCUCAGUGUGGAAAAUCAUUUGCAGUGAAAUCAACUCUUUAUGUGCAUAUGAAAACUCACUCGGGUAAAAAAGAUUCAAUGUGUCCUAUAUGCAAUACUAUGUUUGCUACAAAAGGCAGCUUAAACAUUCAUAUGCGACUGCAUACAGGAGAUAAGCCAUUUAAGUGUAAUCACUGUGGAAUGAGUUUCAGGACAUCUGGCCAUCGUAAAGCUCAUGUUAUAAAGCAUUUCAAGACUAUUCAGGCACUAUCUGGCCGAAAUGCUAAAUUGGGAGGUAUGGUUGAUGAAGGUCAGUUAAAUCCAUCAACUACUGCAGAUGAGUCUGUUAUGGAAAUCCCUAAUGAAGAGAAUUUGAAUUCAAUGGUCAUGAUGACAGAUGGGACAAUGUCUCUACAAAUUCCAGGCCUAAGCCUAACAACAAUUGAUACCUCAGCAAUGUUGAAUAUUCAGCCAGUUACUCUUGAUGAAGCUGUUCUUAAUCAGUUACAAGAGUCUGAGGUCACAAUGAUGACUACUGGUGAAGGAACUGUAGAUGAAGAUGCUGAAGAUUCCAUUUCUGUCAAUCCAAAUGUAGUCAUGACACAAAAUCGUGCAGUUCGUCUGCAGUCAAACCGUGAUGUAAGUGAUUCUGCACUAGAAUUCCAGAUGGUUGAUCAAGUAGAAAAGGUUUUUGUUGCUCAUUCUAUGAUUGAACAGCACUUGGAUCGUGCAGGAACAUUAGAGGAAACUCCGUCUUUCAUCCCUCAGGAAAUUAAUUUAUCUGACCUUGCAAUUCCUGGUCAGAACAACACUGUUCAGUGUACAUGGUGUUCUAAAUCAUUUUUGAAGUUAGCUGAUUGGGCUGAACAUUUAUCAGUGCACAAUAUUUAUAUAAAAAUUAAUGAGGAGCUGGAAAGUAAUGAAAGUGAAAUACCUGUGUCUCUAGUCAUUCCACCCAUGUCGGGCAAAGAUAAUACUGACAAUGAUAGUGCUAUUUUAUCAACUAGUGCAAGCAUAAAACUUCCCCAGGGACUGAACGUAGGAGAGUUGACAGUCUCUAAGUUGGAAAAUGAACAACAGCAAUUAAAUCAGAGUUUUAAGGCAACUUUAUCAGAUAGUGGAAAAUCAUACAGACUACACAACAGUAUAGAUCAGCAAACAACCUCAAACAUUAGCAAUCAAGAACAAUAUUCGUGUGACAAAUGUAAUGGACGAAAGUUCUCAUCUUCUUCUUCCUUACAGAAACACAUCAGAUCGUAUCAUCAUAGGUGUGUGUUUUGUAUAGAAGAAUUAGGGAAUAGAUCUGCCUUACAUGAGCAUAUUAUUCAGGAACAUUUACAACUUGCUAUCGAAAAUCCUUUGACAAUAGAAAGAAUAGGACUCCGAAUCAAUCUCGUCCCAGAAUCUCAUAGAGAGGGGUCUGUUAAUGGGACUCAAGGUGCUAUGGAGGAAUUUGAUCCAUUAGAACUCUUCCCCGAAUAGAGCUUCAUUAUUUAGAGGGUAUUUUUAUCUUUUUAAGGUAAUACAAACUUGUUGAGAAUUGAUUCAUUUGGAAACAGUACUGUAUAGUGAUUGUAUUAAUUUUUGCUAUUGGAACCUACCAAAUAUACUCAUUUUGUAAAUUUUAUUUAAGAUUUGAUUAAGAAAAGUAGGAGUUAUGUGGAAGAUAUGUAAAUUAAAAUUAAUAUAAAACAAAUGAUAUUUGAAAUAUAUCAGAAUUGCUGUAAAUAUUUAUCUCUUUUAAGCCGCAACAAUCUUGAAAAUGUUCUGUUUAUAGAAACACUUUUAUCCAUAGAAUGCAGAUAAAAAUGAUUUUUUUAUAUCUGGUGUUGUCAUCUUCAUUUUCAAUAUUAUAUGCUUACAUUGGAAUUGUUCUUGUGCCUCCAUAUGCAUAAGAUUUCCUUUUGUGUAAUUUGUCCCUUUGGUACUGUGAUGAUGGUUUUGCCAAGCCACACUUGAUCAACAUGUAUGUUUCAUAUCAAGCCAGAUACAAUUUCUUUAUUUUCCUGUACCAAGAGAUUGAUUUUUUACAUUUAGAAAUAAUCAGUUUAAACUGUCUUACAUAAUACCUCAUAAGAUAUUUAUAGACUAUAUGCUAUUCAGUUUUGGUCAUGAAUGCUUCAUUUUAACAAGAGUAAUGUCAUUAUAUUUUGGGAAAAUUAUAGUUCAUAUGUUUAUGCACAGUGAAGUUGAAAAAUUUCUGAUCUAGGCAGAAUGUGACCAUUACAUGUUUUAAAGGAUUAAAAGCUUACACUUUUAUUCUGCAACUGAUAGGUUGUUCUAGCCCAACAUUUUUCUUAUGGCCAGUUUUACAGGAUAACAUAGGUAAUAUAAAACCACUUAUUUACAUUCCUGUUUUCUUUUGACAGAUAUGUUUGGUACAUUGUUUGUUUGGGUAUAUCCCUAAGUAGGAAAUAUUUUGGUGGAUUUUUUCCUAGUGUAAGUGUAAAGACCAGUACUGUAGAUUUUCAAAAGAUAUGGUUUUUCUGAUGAAUUACUUCAGGAAAAUUAAAUGUCCGUGGUUAAGGAAACGGUGAAACAAUAUGGAGAUACCUUAUUUAUCAUGAACUAUUAGCCAAUGCUAAUAUUGUAAGGUUGUUAAUGAACAUUGGGAUAAUUUUAACUUAUCAUGAGCUAUUAUAAAGUAAUCGUUCAGAAAGUAAUUUUGCCAAUUGGUUAAUGGGGGCCGCCGGCUAAUGCCAUUCUUUAAGGACAGGACUUUGAUAUUCAAACCACUUAAUAAGGUGACUUGGGACAUCUCCAAACCGCAUAUGAUUUUCGCCUCUGACCUUCGGUUUUGUGAUGCCAGGGCGAUUUAUCCUGAAAAUAACCAUUUUUCAAAUUCUAUCUCCUCCCUCGAUAUCUAUUAUUAAGACCUGUGAUUACUACAUAUAUAGACCUUAUGUAGACCUCCAAUCGAAUGAGGAGUUUUUUUCUAAGUCACUUUUUUUGCUAGAUAUAAAUUUUUCAUUAUGGUAAAAAAAUAAACCCUAUAAAUUAGGAAAACAAAAUUUAUAAAAAAAAAGACGAAAGAAAAAUUGGAAAAAGGGCUUCAUUUGAUUGUUCUAUAAUGUCUUUCUGAGUUAUAUACCAAAUUCCAUUGUUAUAGCUUUAAAACUAAGUGAGAAGAUAGAUUUUGAAGGUCAAUAACUAUAGUUUUGAUAUACGGGCGUUCAAAGUUUUUCUUUGUAUUAUUAUAACAACAAUGUUAAUAAAUAAUGAUUAUUAUGAA